AUGCUUCGGGUCAUUGUGGAGUCUGCGAGUGAUAUCCCUAAAGGGAAAUUUGGAAAACCGGAUCCAAUUGUCUCAGUUAUUUUUAAGGAUGAGAAGAAGAAAACGAAGAAAAUUGAUAAUGAACUCAACCCUGUCUGGAAUGAGAUAUUUGAAUUUGAUUUGAAGGGAAUACCAUUGGACUUUUCAUCUACUCUCAGCAUCAUUGUAAAAGAUUUCGAGACAAUUGGACAAAAUAAACUGAUUGGCGUUGCAACAAUAUCACUGAAGGACUUGAUAGGUGGACAGAGUCGAUCUCUUCCUUAUAAACUCAUAUCUUUGGUAAAUGAAAAGGGUCAAGAUACCGGGGCCACAAUCGAUCUGGUGGUUGCCUAUGAUCCACCAGCAACCAUGGCAACAAAUCCAAAUGAGCUAAGUGGGAUCACCAUCGAAGGUACUGGAGGAGAUGGAGGAGAAGACAUGGGAGAUGAAGACACUACAUUCAAAGUCGUUGCCCCAAGGGUUCCAGCCACAAAUAUUUCUGAAGCCCAGCUGGCCCGGAGGAUUACGAAAGGAAAGAACACCCGAAGAAUCCUUUCCAAUAAGCCACAGGACUUCCAGAUUCGUGUUAGAGUGAUUGAAGGGCGUCAAUUAAGUGGGAAUAACAUCAAGCCAGUGGUCAAAGUCCACGUCUGUGGUCAGACACAUCGAACAAGAAUAAAAAGAGGGAAUAAUCCAUUUUUUGAUGAAUUAUUUUUCUACAAUGUCCACAUGACCCCUCUUGAAUUGGUUGAUGAGACAAUAAGCAUUCGGGUUUAUGAUUCCCAUUCUUUGAGAGCAGACUGUCUGAUGGGAGAAUUUAAGAUCGAUAUUGGUUACAUUUAUGAUGAACCUGGUCAUGCUGUCAUGAGAAAAUGGCUACUUUUAAAUGAUCCUGAAGACAUAAGUUCUGGUGCUAAAGGUUACAUGAAAGUCAGCAUGUUUGUCCUUGGAACAGGAGACGAACCACCAACAGAGAAGAGAGAUCGAGAUAAUGACAGUGAUGAUGUGGAGAGUAAUUUGUUACUUCCUGCUGGAAUUGCCAUGCGGUGGGUCACUUUCCUCCUGAAAAUCUACAGAGCUGAGGAUAUUCCUCAGAUGGAUGAUGCCUUCUCACAGACCGUCAAAGAAAUAUUUGGAGCCAAUGUAGACAAGAAAAACUUAGUGGAUCCAUUUGUAGAAGUUUGUUUUGCUGGGAAAAAGGUUUCCACAGGCAUAAUAGAGAAAAAUGCAAAUCCAGAGUGGAAUCAAGUUGUCAAUCUUCAAAUCAAGUUUCCUUCAAUGUGUGAAAAAAUAAAGUUAACAGUGUAUGACUGGGACCGCCUUACCAAGAAUGAUGUAGUAGGAACAACCUAUCUGUAUCUUUCUAAAAUUGCUGCAUCAGGUGGGGAAGUUGAAGAUUCCUCACCUUCGGGAGCUUGGGCUGCAUCAUCUACAGAGAAAACAGGAGAAACAGAAGUGGGCUUUGUACCAACAUUUGGACCUUGUUAUCUAAAUCUUUAUGGAAGUCCAAGAGAAUAUACUGGAUUCCCAGAUCCAUAUGAUGACUUGAAUUCUGGAAAGGGUGAAGGAGUUGCUUACAGAGGUCGGAUUUUGGUUGAACUGAAUACUUUACUUGAGAAAACGCCCCCUGACAAGAAGGUUGAAACCAUUUCCAAUGAUGACUUGCUGGUUGUUGAGAAAUAUCAGCGUAGGCGAAAGUAUAGCCUGUCUGCGGUAUUUCAUUCUGCAACCAUGCUGCAAGAUAUUGGAGAGGCCAUUCAGUUCGAAGUCAGCAUUGGCAAUUACGGCAAUAAGUUUGAUGCUACCUGUAAACCUUUGGCAUCGACGACUCAAUACAGUCGGGCUGUGUUUGAUGGGAAUUUCUAUUAUUAUUUGCCAUGGGCCCAGACAAAGCCAGUGGUGACUCUGACUUCUUAUUGGGAAGACAUAAGUCACAGACUGGAUGCAGUGAACACCAUUCUCGUCAUGGCAGAACGGCUGCACUUGAACAUUGAGAAUUUAAAAUCAGGAAUACAAGCCAAAAUGCCUGGGAACCGUUUGGCUGAAAUGUGGCUGAAGUUGAUUGAUGAACUUGUAGAGGAUACAAGCAUGCCAUUGCCCUCAUUAGAAGGCAAAUCUAACGUCACCGUUCUAGACACUCAGAUCCAAAAGCUGCGUCUUCGAUCCCUUAUCCAGAUUCAGGAAGCAGCUACAAAAAUGAGAUCUGAAGCCAGAGAUGUAAAGUCUACUUUGACAGAAAUUGAAGAUUGGUUUGAUAAGCUAAUGCAACUUUCUGAAGAGCCACAAAACAGUAUGCCUGAUAUUAUCAUAUGGAUGAUCCGAGGAGAAAAAAGAUUGGCCUAUGCUAGAAUUCCUGCACACCAGGUUUUAUAUUCUACUACCAGUGAAGAAGCUUCUGGGAAAUACUGUGGGAAGACCCAGACCAUCUUUUUGAAGUACCCACAGGACAGGAGCCAUGGUGUGAAGGUUCCAGCAGAACUUCGGGUUAACAUUUGGCUUGGAUUAAGUGCUGUUGAAAAGAAGUUUAACAGCUUUGCUGAAGGAACAUUCACUGUCUUUGCAGAAAUGUAUGAAAAUCAAGCUUUGAUGUUUGGAAAAUGGGGCACUUCUGGACUUGUGGGUCGACAUAAAUUUUCAGAUGUCACAGGAAAGAUAAAGCUCAAGAAAGAAUUCUUUUUGCCCCCUAAAGGCUGGGAAUGGGAAGGCGAGUGGAUGGUGGAUCCUGAAAGAAGUUUGUUGACUGAAGCAGAUGCUGGCCACACACAGUUUACAGAUGAAGUAUAUCAGAAUGAAAGCCGCUACCCAGGUGGAGAAUGGAAACAAAUAGAGGACAGCUACACAGAUGUGAAUGGAGAAAAAGCAGCAUCUCCUAGUGAGAUGACUUGCCCCCCUGGCUGGGAGUGGGAAGAUGAUGCUUGGAUGUAUGAUAUAAACCGAGCUGUGGAUGAAAAAGGCUGGGAAUAUGGAAUUACUAUUCCUCCUGAUAACAAGCCAAAGUCCUGGGUUGCUGCAGAGAAGAUGUAUCAUACACACAGGAGGCGACGAAUGGUCCGCAAACGCAGAAAGGAUUUAACACAGUCGGCUGCAAGUACUGCAAGGGGGUGGGAAGCAAUAGAAGAUAAAGAAGGAUGGGAAUAUGCAUCUUUAAUCGGAUGGAAAUUUCACUGGAAACAGCGUAGUUCAGAUACUUUUCGUCGAAGACGCUGGAGAAGAAAGAUGGCUCCUUCUGAAACACAUGGUUCAGCUGCUAUCUUUAAACUUGAAGGUGCCAUUGGAGCAGACACUACUGAUGAUGGAGAUGAAAAGAGCAUGGAAAAACACAAACAUAGUGCAACAACUGUGUUUGGUGCAAACACUCCAAUUGUUUCCUGUAAUUUUGACAGAGUAUACAAUUAUCACCUUCGCUGCUAUAUAUAUCAAGCUCGAAAUCUUAUGGCUUUAGAUAAAGAUAGUUUUUCAGACCCCUAUGCCCAUGUUUCAUUCCUCCAUCGGAGCCAAACAACUGAAAUAAUCCACUCAACACUGAAUCCAACCUGGGACCAAACUCUAAUAUUUGAUGAUAUUGAAAUUUUUGGAGAACCACAAACAAUCAUACAAAACCCACCCAAAGUUGUCAUUGAACUCUUUGACAAUGACCAAGUAGGCAAAGAUGAAUUUUUAGGUCGAAGUUUUUGCUCCCCAAUUGUCAAACUAAAUCCGGAAGUCGACAUCACCCCUAAGCUUCUCUGGCACCCAGUCAUAAAUGGAGACAAGGCUUGUGGGGAUGUACUUGUAGCUGCUGAGCUUAUUCUCACAGAUAAGGUUGGGUCCAAUCUUCCAAUUCUCCCAUCCCAGAGGGCUCCAAAUCUCUACAUGGUUCCUCAAGGAAUUAGGCCUGUGGUUCAACUCACUGCUAUUGAGAUUUUAGCUUGGGGCUUAAGAAACAUGAAAAAUUACCAGAUGGCUUCUGUGACUUCUCCAAGUCUUAUCAUAGAGUGUGGAGGUGAAAGGAUAGAAUCAGCAUUGAUCAAAAACCUUAAGAAGACACCCAACUUUCCUAGUUCUGUUCUCUUCAUGAAAGUGCUAUUGCCCAAGGAAGAAUUGUACACACCACCGUUGGUUAUUAAAGUGAUCGACCACAGACAAUUUGGGCGGAAGCCCAUCGUGGGCCAGUGCACCAUCAACCUUCUUGAACAGUUUCGUUGUGACCCUUAUGCAUUUAAGGAAGAUAUCGCACCCCAGGUAAAAGCUUCUAUCUUGUCUGCCCCACUUAACCGGGAUGUGGUUAUUGAAGUUGAGGACACAAAACCAUUGCUUCCAACCAAGGUAAGUUUCAAAGAGGAAGAAGUUGUCGACUGGUGGAGCAAAUUUUAUGCUUCUAUUGGAGAACCUGAAAAAUGUGGGCAAUAUAUUCAGAAGGAAUAUGCCAAACUAAAGGUAUAUAAUUGUGAACUAGAGAAUGUACCAGAGUUUAAGGGUCUGACAGAUUUUUCAGAUACUUUUAAGCUAUACAGAGGGAAGUCUGAUGAGAUUGAUGACCCUUCAGUGGUAGGAGAGUUCAAGGGCUCCUUUAGAAUCUACCCACUGCCCGACGACCCAAACGUGCCGGCCCCUCCCAGGCAGUUUCGGGAAUUACCCGACAGCGUCCCGCAGGAAUGCAUUGUGAGGAUUUACAUUGUUCGGGGCAUCGACCUGCAGCCUCAGGAUAACAAUGGCCUGUGUGACCCUUAUAUAAAAAUAUCCCUGAGUAAAAAAGUCAUUGAAGAUCGAGAUAAUUACAUUCCAAAUACACUCAACCCAAUUUUUGGAAGGAUGUAUGAGCUGAGCUGCUUCUUACCUCAAGAAAAAGACCUGAAAAUUUCUGUCUAUGAUUAUGACACAUUCACUCGUGAUGAAAAAGUAGGAGAAACUAUCAUUGAUCUAGAAAAUCGCUUCCUUUCCCGAUUUGGGUCAAAUUGUGGCAUAGCAGAGCAAUAUUGCACUUCUGGAGUCAAUACUUGGAGAGAUCAACUAAAACCAACCCAAUUGUUAUGCAACGUAGCUAAGUUUAAAGGAUUGCCUCUCCCUAUUCUUUCUGAAGAUGGAAAUAGGCUGAGAUAUGGAGGUCGAGAGUACAGCUUGGAAGAAUUUGAGGCCAACAGAAAUCUGCACCAGCACCUGGGCCCUCCAGAGGAGCGUCUGGCUCUGUAUAUCCUUCGGACUCAGGGACAAGUACCUGAGCACGUGGAGACAAGGACUUUGUACAGCACCUUCCAGCCGAACCUUUCACAGGGAAAACUUCAGAUGUGGGUGGAUGUUUUCCCCAAAAGUUUGGGGCCACCAGGCCCUCCUUUCAAUAUCACUCCCCGGAAAGCCAAGAAGUAUGUCCUACGUGUGAUCAUUUGGAACACUAAAGAUGUCAUUCUUGAUGAGAAAAGUAUCACAGGAGAAGAGAUGAGUGACAUCUAUGUGAAAGGCUGGAUUCCUGGGAAUGAAGAAAACAAGCAGAAGACAGAUGUCCAUUACAGGUCAUUGGAUGGUGAAGGAAAUUUUAAUUGGAGAUUUGUUUUCCCUUUUGAAUACCUGCCGGCUGAACAACUCUGUAUUGUUUCUAAAAAAGAACAUUUCUGGAGUAUUGACCAGACUGAAUUUCGAGUUCCUCCCAGACUCAUCAUUCAGAUAUGGGACAAUGACAAGUUUUCUUUAGAUGACUACUUGGGUUUUCUGGAACUUGAUUUACACAACACAAUUAUCCCUGCAAAGUCUUCAGAAAAGUGCAAAUUGGACAUGAUUCCAGAGUAUAGGGCAGUGAAUCCUCUAAAAUCCAAGACAGCCUCACUUUUUGAGCAGAAAUCCAUGAAAGGAUGGUGGCCAUGCUAUGCAGAAAAAGAUGGCACACGUGUGAUGACUGGUAAAGUGGAGAUGACUCUGGAAGUCCUCAAUGAGAAGGAGGUUGAUGAAAGACCAGCUGGGAAAGGAAGGGAUGAGCCCAACAUGAACCCCAAACUAGAAUUACCAAAUCGACCAGAAACUUCAUUCCUUUGGUUUACCAACCCAUGCAAGACAAUGAGAUUCAUCGUGUGGCGUCGAUUUAAAUGGGUCAUCAUUGGCUUACUCAUCCUGCUGGUUUUGUUGCUGUUUGUGGCAGUACUCCUAUAUUCUCUGCCGAAUUAUUUAUCAAUGAAGAUUGUGAGACCAAAUGCAAAGUAAAAAGGAAGACAUUGCAGUGAGGUACUCUGCCUUCAAACCAUGGACCAAAUUCACAAUUAUUCUCUGGUCACUUCUGUGCCCAUUGAAAUGAAACAGCAAGAAGUUUGACACAAGGUCAUUAAGCUUCAUGGGAUCAUGAAAGAUGGAAGUCAUUGACCAAAUAGCCUUUUCAAGUGUUCAAAUCCUAUGUUUCAACUUUUUAAACUAUAUUUUUUAUAAAAA